AUGGAACUUGAUACCUUAAUUACUCGAUGUGAAAAAGAUUUAAUCACUUUUAUAUGGAAAGUUAAGCAAUAUAAUGCAAACAAAAUUAAUGUUGUUUUGCUAAAGAACAGAACACACAUGUGUUCUUGUUAUGCUCAAUACCCUGAAGCAUUUUUUUAUAUUAAACUUAUUCCUAUUCGUUGGUCCAAAGAAAAAUAUUUGCAAAUUGAACAAAAUUUAAUUGCAGUGAAUGAGCCUUUUAUAUCACAAUCAAAUUGUAUUGUAGAAACUAAUCCUAUAGUCAAUAAUAUUAUAUUUCAAAUUCGUGAUGAUUUAGAUGAUAAUGAUCAAAAAGAAAAAGUGAAGGCAAGACGAGUUAAAGAUAUAUAUGGAAAAUUUUCUGGAAUCUUUAAGGAAGCACUUAAGAAAGCUAUCGAUGAUGAAGAUUUUAGCCUUUAUAAUACUAUCAAUCAGUGGAUUAUCGAUAAACAGCUUUCUCAACAAAUGAAUAACGAAGGACUAUUUCAAUUUCACUAUGAUAAUGAUGAUCAGAAUAGUAUUGAGAAUAUUCUUCCACCAGAAUUUAAAAAGCGUAAGGGUCCAACAGCAAACAAAAGGAUUAAAUCAUCUGUUGAGGGUAAUAAACGUAAGACUGCAGAAAGCAAAACAUUAAAACGAAAAGGCCCUGAUCAAUAUUUGCUGCACCUCGAUGAUGGAGAUGAAGAUUCUUUAGAGUUACGAAUGGUGUCUAGAUCAAAAGACACGUUCAUUACAACACUACUGUAG